UGCUCAUUACAUCGUUGUCGUUCGCGUUGGUCAGUUAACGAAACAAAAUAUUUUCGAUCUUUCCCGGUUAAUAGUGAUUAAUCCUCUAAGAAUAAUUUCGCAACUGGUCCGUGAUGAAUCGUCAGAAUCCAAAUCUGCUGGUUACGUCGCCAAACAAGACUGCUCUUCCUUGGCCAGUAACCAGCAUUCGAAUGUUCUGGAGCAGGGUGCAAAGUCCGUUUUCCGGAUGAGUUGAACAUCUUCCACGAGGAGUCGUAUCAUCAGUCGAUGUUCAACUUCCCUUUAGAUACCGGGAUGAGAAUGACCAGAAACGAACUUAGCAAACAAUACUUGGAUAGCUACAAUGAGGUCAACUACGGCAUAAGAACAGACAAACGUGAAUUAGGUCACAGAAUUUUUGUCAACCGUAGUCUUCAUUUAGAGAAUAUCAAAUUCUAUGGCUUCGAUAUGGAUUACACGUUGGCGGAGUAUAAGUCGCCGCAGUACGAGCAACUGGGUUUCACGUUAUUGAAGGACCGUCUUGUAUCUCUGGGAUACCCGCAAGAAAUCAAAGCGUUCGAAUACGAUCCAAGUUUUCCGGUACGAGGACUAUGGUUCGACACACUUUAUGGAAAUCUUCUUAAAGUGGACGCUUAUGGAAAUAUUCUGGUUUGCGUUCACGGCUUCGAGUUUUUGAAACAUUCGCAAGUAUACGAGCUUUAUCCAAACAAAUUUUUACAAUUGGACGAGUCCAGGGUAUACGUGCUCAAUACAUUGUUCAAUCUCCCUGAAACGUAUUUAUUAGCAUGUUUGAUAGACUUUUUCACGAAUUCGCCGCAAUACACCCGCGAAAAGACAGGGGUGAAAGAAGGUGAACUGACGAUGAGCUUCAAAAGUAUAUUUCAAGAUGUUAGGAACGCGGUGGACUGGAUCCACCUCCACGGUGAUCUUAAAUCAAAAACUAUUGAGAAUCUCGAUGAAUAUGUAAAGAAAGAUCAAAGGCUACCAAUGUUUUUGAAUAGGAUUAGAGAAAGCGGAGCGAAAGUGUUCCUUUUAACAAAUAGCGAUUACGUUUUUACUGAUAAGAUUAUGACUUAUCUAUUUGACUUUCCUCAUGGAGCAAAGUCUGAUGAACCCCACAGAAAUUGGAAAACUUAUUUUGAUACUAUCGUAGUAGAUGCUAGGAAACCAUUGUUCUUUGGUGAGGGUACAAUUCUAAGACAAGUAGAUACCAGAACUGGGGCUUUAAAGCUUGGAACACAUAAAGGACCACUUCAUACAGGUGAAGUUUAUUCUGGAGGUUCCUGUGAUGUUUUCACGGAACUGAUAGGCGCUAAAGGCAAGGACGUAUUAUAUAUUGGAGAUCAUAUAUUUGGUGAUAUUUUAAAGAGCAAGAAAAUUAGGGGUUGGAGGACGUUCUUAAUAGUACCUGAAUUGGUUCAAGAGCUUCAUGUUUGGACGGACAAAUGUCAAUUAUUUGCUGAGUUACAAAAUUUAGAUGUUAUGUUAGGAGAAAUGUACAAAAAUUUAGAUAGUAGCACAAAAGAGAAACCUGACAUUUCCAAAUUGCGGGCAUCGAUAAGAGACGUUACGCACAAAAUGGAUUUAUCAUACGGAAUGAUGGGUUCGUUAUUCCGUAGUGGUAGUAGACAAACAUUUUUCAGUAGUCAGCUAGUGAGGUACGCUGAUUUAUAUGCAGCAACUUUUUUAAAUCUCAUUUAUUAUCCAUUUUCAUACAUGUUUCGAGCUCCCGCCAUGUUGAUGCCCCAUGAGAGUACGGUAGCUCACGAACAAAGAUUUGUUAUGGAAACACCGAUGAUUAGUCGGUCACGAACUUUUAAGCUUAGCGAGGAAGAAGAAGAACAAAGUAAACCUCCUAAAACAUUGUACGUGGAUUGUCCCAACAGUCAAAUACCACAUGCAAGACCUGAAACUCCACGUAAUGUAACACAUACACACGAUGAAGAUUGUAGCGACGAAGAUAGCGAUUCCCAGAAACAAGCAAAUCAUGUAAGAUUAUGCCCAAGGAAUUCCAAUUGUAAUUGAAUUAUUUUUUAUGGUAACACUCUUUGACAGCUUAUUAAGAAUUAAAAGAUUUAGUACAAUUCUACCACAUGAUAGCUGUACUUAAAGAUUUUGAUGAAAUUCAUUAAAUUAUGUCGAUUAUUAUAUGCCAUUCCAAUAUUUUUUCAUACACGGAAUAAUAUUGUGAUUUUGCUAGUUGGUUGCUAUGUUUAAGAAUUUUUCUCAAAUUUAUUGAGCUUUUUUAUAAUUAGCAAGCUUCAUGUUUACAUAACAGCAAUAGAGAAAAAGUUCAUAAAUUCCUUCGUAUUAUUUUUAUCUUCAGAACGGUGUCCGUGAAAUAAAUAAUUCGGUAUGAAUAUAGUAUAUAGAUGUUAAUGUGUUGGAACUGAAUUUAUCGUCAUAUAGUAUGACUUGAAAAGUUGCAAAUUACGAAUUAUUGUAAAAUGCAUUGUAUAUUAGUUUGCACGUUAAUCUAUAUCUUGUUGACUCUGCUUCAUAUUUAUUUAAACGUAUGCUUAAAAUAAUAGAAGAUACAUUAAAAAAUUUAUAUACUCCUUUGUGAGUUCAUAAAUUAUUAUCAUGCUUCAAAGAAGUCGAUCAAGUGUAUAAUAUUAAACAUUGUUUUAUACUAGUAAUUAUUUUCUGAUAAAAAGUGAUAGACGUUCUAUCAAUAUUUUUCUUUGGUUGUGUUUUAGUUUUUGGUACAUAUGAUUCUCGCACAAUAAAUUUGGAAUUUAUAGAUAUUUGCAUUAUGCAAAAUAUGUUAAUAUCAAAUCAAACCUCUUCAAAUAUGUAUCAUAUGUUUUAUAGAUUUAAUCUUAUGAAACAUAAAUUCCCCAUAAAUUGAACGAGUAUAGUUAGUGUUACAGGCAUUGAAAAUACUGUAAGUUUGAUUAAUUAGGAUAGUCUUUUUACGCGAAACUUUAGCUUACUGAAAUUAUACGAAUAGGAUAGUAAAAUUCAAUGAACUAAUGAAAAUUA